CUAGUUUAUUUGCCACAAUUCAAGAUGCUGAGCUUGAUGGUUAAUGGACACAUGAGAUAUUAAAAAGACAUCAAAACAAAAUAAUUAAUUACAUAUCAACUUAAAAUGUCAGAACCAACAAUGAUAAACUAAAGUAAAUUGACUUCUUCAUGCUCAGGUAUAUUUUAGCUGACUGUGGAUAAACAGGAUGGAACCUGGAAGUAGUCUGAGUGGACUUUUUAUUUCAUAUUUGACAAUAAAUAUUCAUGUAAAAAUGUAAAAAGAAAAAAAAAGGGCUGAUGAAGCUGAAUAUUGAUUUCAAUUAAAAACUAAAUGUUUUUUAUGAUUCUUUGUGAAUGAUGAGAUAAGAUAAGAUCAACCUUUAUUGAUCCCUGUAGAUGAAAUUCAGAAUUUGACACAAGAAACAAAAUAAUAGAAACAGAAUCUGAAAUAAAUAAGAUAAAUACAAAUACUAAAUGUACAAUCAGUGAGCUCAGCCUCACUGUACAUUGUACUGUAUGAUGUACAUUAUACUGUAUGAUGUACAGUGCAUGUGAAUUAAAGAUAAAGAACGGAGACGGAUUCAUGACGCUGGACCAGGACUUGACAGACCCGGUCCGGGUCAGAACUCGGUCUGUGUGUGAUGAAGAUCCAUCAGAUGACGUGAACAGCUGAUUUCAUUAACCGUUUUAAAAAAAAUGCACAACGACAAAUAAAAUGUGUGGAGUCUCCGGCAGGCUGCGCUGUGCCCGCGCACCCCUGCGCGCCCCCCGGUCCCGUCGUGAGCGCGCAGCACCUUCAGCAGGCAGCAGCAGUAGUGGAGCAGAGAGCACGGAGCGGACAGUCAGUCAGUCAGCAGUCAGUCAGUCAGUCAGUCAGUGUCGGAGUGGAUCUGCUGGUGUGGAUGGUACCGAGCAGGACGGACUUUUUCACCGGGACCUUCAGCAGCAUGGCCGGGAGCGAGUGAUGAUGGGAUGGAUGUGAAUAUGGGCCGGUGGGCAGGCGUGCGAGCCCCUCUCCUCGGCCUGGCCCUGCUGCUGCUGCUCCUCAAGCCCCCGCCCUGCUGCAGCCUGAACAUGGCGGGGGCGCCUCAGGAUGGACCUCACUUCGGCUUCACUCAGGCCGUCUACCACGCCACCGUUUAUGAGAACUCAGCGGCGCGCACCUACGCCAACAGUAAAGUUAAGAUGGGGAUCCACCUGGCCCAGCGCUCCUGGGAGAUCCGCUACAGGAUCACGUCGGGUGACGAUGAGGGGCUCUUCAAGGCAGAGGAGUACGUGCUCGGGGAUUUCUGCUUCUUACGCAUCAGGACUAAAGGUGGAAAUGCCGCCAUCUUGAACCGAGAGAUCCAGGAUAAUUAUGUGUUAACAGUGAAAGCUUCAGUCAAGGGGGAAGCCCUCCUUGAGACCUGGACUAAAGUCAGCAUCCAGGUGUUGGAUAUGAACGACCUCCGACCUUUGUUCUCCCCCACCACGUACUCCGUCACCAUAGCAGAGAGCACACCUCUCAGGACUAGCAUAGCACAAGUUACCGCCACUGAUGCAGACAUCGGCUCCAAUGGGGAGUUUUACUAUUUCUUCAAGGAGAAGAUGGAGCUGUUUGCUGUCCAUCCCACCAGUGGAGUGGUGUCUCUGAGCGGGAAGCUGAAUGUCGAUGAGCAGAACCGCUACGACCUAGAAAUCCUGGCGGUAGACCGUGGCAUGAAGCUGUACGGGAAUAACGGUGUCAGCAGCACGGCCAAGCUUUUUGUCCAUGUAGAGCGUGUGAAUGAGCACGCCCCCGUCAUGAAUGUGGUCACUCACAUCCCCUCGUGGCUCGAUAAAAACCCUGUGUACGCCAUGGUCACUGUGGAGGACCUAGACGAGGGUUUAAAUGGAGAGAUAGAGUCGGUGGUCAUUGUAGGCGGAGACCCCUCGGAGCAGUUCUUCGUAGAGAGAUCUGAGGAGGGCGAGUUUUCCAUCAAGGCCUCUGAGUCGGUGAACUGGGAGACCUUUCCUUACGGCUGUAACCUCACUCUGCAGGCCAAAGACCGGGGAACACCACAGAAGUUCUCUGCUGUCAAGGUGGUCCACGUCACGGUGAGGCGGCGGCAGACAAGGGAGGCUAAGUUUGUGCAGGAGCUGUAUGAAGUGAGUCUGAAUGAGAUUUCCCCCCCAGGUACGAUAGUAGAGGCCGUUAAAAUCUCCCCGGAGCCUGACGACGCAGAGUACAUCCUGGCACCUUCAGCUGAUUCAGCGUUUUUCCAAAUGAACACGCUGACGGGCGUCAUCUCCACCACCCGCUGGUUCACCCAGGUGACCCAGGACGUCUUCAACCUGGAGGUGUUGGAGAUAGACAGCGAGCUCAAGGUUAAAGUGCGGGUGACCAUCGAGGACGCCAACGACAACACGCCAACCUUCGCUCAGGCCUCCUAUGAGUUCUUUGUGAAUGAAAGUGUCCCGGUGGGGACCAGCGUGUUGACGGUGUCUGCGGUGGACGAGGAUGAAGGAGAGAACGGGUACAUCACCUACAGCAUCUCCAGCCUGCAGCCGCUGCCCUUCAGGAUUAACCAGUUCUCCGGGAUGAUCAGCACCACUAAAGAGCUGGACUUCGAGUCCUCACCCGAGAGCUUCGUGUUUGUCGUCCGAGCGUCUGACUGGGGGUCACCUUACCGACGAGAGAGCGAGGUCAACGUGACCAUCCACCUGGAGAAUGUGAAUGAUAACCAGCCGCUGUUUGAGAAGGUGGCGUGUCAGGGGGUCAUCUCCAGAGAUUUCCCAGUGGACGAGGCGAUCACCACCAUGUCAGCGAUCGAUAUCGACGAGUUAGAGCUGGUGAAAUAUAAGAUCAUUUCAGGGAACGAAUGGGGGUACUUUGAUCUCAACCCAGAUUCAGGUGUCCUUGCACUGCAACAUUCCCUCGCCACAGCCAGUCCAAAGAACGGCGUCUUUAGUCUGAAAAUAACCGCCACAGAUGGCGAGAACUUUUCCGACCCUAUGUUCGUGAACAUCUCAGUGGUUCAUGGGAAGUCUCCUCCCAGAGGUUUCAACUGUAAAGAGACCCGGGUGGCCCAAAAGUUAGCUGAGAAGUUACUUAAGAAGUCCAAAGCCAGCACCAAGCCCAAAAUAGAAGAAGGUUUCAUCGACCUCUUCUCCGUCAAUCGGCAGACGCCCCAGUUCGACAAAGCGUUCCCCACAGACAUCGCUGUGAGGGAGGACCUGAAGGUCGGCUCCAGUGUGUUCAAGGUCAACGCCUACGACGGCGACACCGGCUUCAACGGUCAGAUCCUGUACUCCAUUUCAGACGGAAACACUGACAGUUGUUUCACCAUUGACAUGGAGAGCGGCCUCAUCAGUGUCUUCCUGCCGAUGGACCGAGAGAAGAGAGACCGCUACCUCCUCAACCUGACCAUCUACGACCUCGGCCUGCCUCAGAAAACCGCCUGGCGUCUGCUGACGGUCUACGUUGAAGACGCUAAUGAUAACGCUCCACAGUUUCUACAGGAAGGAGGCUACAGAAUCGUUAUACCUGAGAACACCGCCAUAGGUACAGAUUUGAUCCAGGUGGAGGCCACGGACAAAGAUCUGGGAUCUAAUGGGGAAGUAGUGUACUCUGUUCUGACCAGCACCACCCAGUUCAGCAUCAACUCCACCAACGGGAUUGUGUAUGUUGCUGGUCAGCUGGACCGGGAGUUUGUUUCUACCUUCAACCUGAAGAUCGAGGCCCGGGACAGAGCAGAGAGAGGGAGCCAGAGGUUUUCUGUGGCCACGUUGAAAAUCAUCCUGGAGGACGUGAACGACUGUCCCCCGCUCUUUAUCCCCAGUGUGUACAAAGCCAGGGCUCUUGAGGAUCUCCCUGUUGGAACAGUGGUGGCUUGGCUAGAAACCCAGGAUCCAGAUCUGGGGUUGGGGGGCCAGGUCAGGUACUCUCUAGCCAAUGACUACAACGGAUGGUUCGAGGUAGACCGGGCCAGCGGGGCGAUCCGGCUCACCAAAGAGCUGGACUACGAGACCCAGCAGUUCUACAACCUUACAGUGAAGGCCAAAGACAAAGGACGGCCCGUCUCUCUCCUCUCCGUCACGUUCGUGGAGGUGGAGGUGGUGGAUGUGAACGAGAACCUCUACGCCCCCUACUUCUCCCACUUUGCCCUGACUGGAUUAGUUAAAGAGAAUGCCCGGAUUGGAACUACCCUCCUGCAGGUCACCGCGAACGACGAUGACUCUGGCAGAGACGGAGAAAUCCAGUACUCCAUUCGUGACGGGAGCGGUCUGGGACGGUUCGCCAUCGACGAAGAUACAGGGGUGAUCUACACCACCGACACGUUGGACCGCGAGACCAAGGACUCCUAUUGGCUAACGGUGUACGCCAGCGACCACGGCGUGGUCCCCCAGUUCGCCACCAUCGAGGUGUUCGUCCAGGUGGAAGACGUGAACGACAACGCCCCGCUGACCUCGGAGCCGCUGUACCGGCCCUCGGUGCCUGAGAACUCUCCACGGGACGUCUCUGUCAUCCAGAUCCAGGCCCAGGACCCUGACGCCACGCCCCCCGCCGCCACGGACAGGCUCAGCUACCGCAUCAUCAGCGGAAACCCGCAGAACUUCUUUGCCAUCAACAGCCGCACUGGUCUGAUCACCACGACCUCCAGGAAACUGGACCGAGAGCAACAAACAGAGCAUGUUCUGGAGGUUCUGGUGUCAGACGGCGGUCCCAGUCCCAGACAGAGCACGGUCUGGGUGAUGGUCCAGGUCCUGGACGAGAACGACAACAAGCCCACGUUCCCAGAGAAGGUGUACCAGGUAAAACUCCCGGAGAGAGAGCGGAGGAAGAAAAGCGAGCCCAUCUACCGGGUGUUUGCCUACGACCGCGACGACGGGCCCAACGGCGACCUCUCCUACAGCAUCGUCGACGGAAACGAGGACGGGAAGUUCUUCAUCGACCCCAAGACGGCGGUGGUGUCAUCACGCAAGGCGUUCACAGCGGGGAGCUACGAUAUCCUGACCGUCAAAGCCACAGAUAACGGGCGUCCUCAGAAGUCGUCCACAGCUCGCCUCCACAUCGAGUGGAUCCGCCGCCCCCCUCCCUCCGCUCUCCCGCUGCUCUUCGACGAGCCGUUCUACAACUUCACCGUCAUGGAGAACGACAAGGUGGCUGAGAUCGUGGGCGUGGUGUCCCUGCAGCAGAGCUCCGCCCCCCUGUGGUUUGACGUCACAGGUCCCAGGUCUUUCCGUGAGAUGUUCUAUAUUCUGCAGAGCGCUUGUGGCAGGAACUGUUCCUCAGAAGGUGGGAACAGUGACAGUGUGUUUGACGUAGAGAAAGCCGUGGGCACCAUCAUCAUCGCCAAACCUCUGGACGCCGAGCAGCGCUCCUUCUACAACCUGACGGUGCAGGCCAGCGACGGCAGCAGCAGCACACACACACAGGUUCACAUCACUGUGAUGGACAACAAUGACAACGCUCCCAUCUUCUCCCAGCCUACCUAUGACGUCACUAUAUCUGAGGACACGCCCCCUGACACCGAGGUGGUCCAGGUUCUGGCGUCGGACCGUGACGAGCACCACCGGCUCACCUACUCCCUGCAGAGCUCCAUAGACCCCAACAGCAUGCGUCUGUUCCGCAUCCACCCGACCCUGGGCACCAUCUACACUUCUCACAGGCUGGACCACGAGGCCUGUGCCCAGCACAUCCUCACCGUCAUCGUGAAGGACCAAGAGUUCCCGUACAGGAAGAACCUGGCUCGUGUGCUGAUAGAGGUGGAAGAUAUAAAUGACCAUGUGCCCAUCUUCACCAGUGCUCUGUAUGAGGGCCAGGUGUAUGAGUCAGCGGCAGUGGGCUCAGCUGUGGUCCAGGUCACCGCCCUGGACAAAGACAAAGGAGAGAACGCAGAGCUGCACUACUCCAUUGAAGCAGGGAACACUGGGAAUGCUUUCCACAUUGAGCCAGUGUUGGGGAUCAUCACUGUUGCACGGGACCUGGACUUGUCCAGCAUUGGCCAUUAUGUUCUCACAGUCAGAGUCACUGAUAACGGCUCCCCCCCCCUGUCCACCACAACUAUAGUGCGUAUUGCCGUCACCCUCUCUGACAACGCUGGCCCGAAGUUCCCUCAGCCGGAGUACCAAGCUGAGAUCACAGAGAAUGCGGUGGUUGGGACGUCCGUCACCACAGUCAGUGCGGUCAGUCAGUCAACCCUGACCUACAACAUCAAGCAGGGCAACACCGACCACGUCUUCCAGAUCAAUCAGUACAGUGGAGUCAUUACUACCCAGAAGCCUCUGGACUUUGAGGCUACAGCGUCUUACACCCUGAUCGUCCAGGCUACCAACAUGGCUGGCAUGGCCUCCAACGCCACUCUGUUGAUCCAGGUGGUGGAUGAGAACGACAACCCUCCAGUGUUCCAGCUGCUGCACUAUCGUGGUAGCAUCAGUGAGGCAGCACCAGUCAACAGUGUGGUCUUGAACUCCGACGACUCACCUCUAGUGAUCAAGGCCACCGAUGCCGACCGCAACCAGAACGCACUGCUGGUCUACCAGAUUGUUGAGGACACUGCAAAGAUGUUCUUCACAGUGGAUUCAGGAACCGGUUCCAUCAGAACCAUAGCUAAUCUGGACCACGAGACAUUUGCCACGUUCCACUUCCAUGUUCAUGUGAGGGACAACGGGAUGCCACAGCUGACGGCAGACAGUCCAACUGAGGUCACUAUACAAGUGAUUGACACAAAUGACUCACCACCUCGUUUCACCCAGAAUGCCUAUGAAACUGUCCUGCUGCUGCCCACCUAUGUGGGAGUGGAAGCUCUGCAGGUUUCAGCCAUCGACCCUGACAAAGAUGUUCCCACAGAGCUCACCUACUCUCUGACUGAUGGAGUGCUGGAGCACUUUGCCAUCAAACCCUCCAGUGGAGUCAUCAUUGUCAAAAACAACAACUUCUCCAAAGAACGUUUCCGCUUCAGUGUCAAAGUUUCCGACGGGAAGUUCUCCAGCAUGGCUCUGGUGACCAUUCUGGUCCGAGAAGCUCUGGACUCUGGUCUCAGCUUCACCCACAGCAUCUACUCUUCAUCUGUUCAAGAGAACAUAUCAAAUGUUACCAAAGUGGCUGUGGUCAACGCUGUGGGAAACCGUCUCAAUGAACCGUUGAAGUACACCUUGUUGAACGCUGGUACCCGCUUCAGGAUGCGUCCUACGUCUGGCGUGAUCCAGACCACAGGAAUACCCUUUGACCGUGAGGAGCAAGAGUUCUACGAGCUGGUUGUCGAGGCAAGGCGGGAGCACGACCGUCUGCACGUGGCCAGAGUCAUGGUUAGAGUCCAAGUCGAGGACAUAAAUGAUAAUGCCCCUGUGUUUGUUGGGCUUCCUUAUUACGCAGCUGUUCAGGUUGAAGCUGAGCCGGGAUCACCGAUUUUCAGGGUCAUGGCGGUCGACGGUGACAAAGGGAUUAAUGGAGAGGUGUCGUACUAUCUCAAGGAUGACCAUGGUCACUUUGAGAUCAACCGGCAGACGGGUGGACUCAGCCUGAAGAGGGCUUUUGAGUCCGACCUGUCCAAUGUUGAGUACCACAUGGUGAUAUACGCCAGAGACGGUGGUUAUCCACCUCUGUCGUCUACCAUUGAGUUCCCCAUCACUGUGGUCAACAAAGCCAUGCCUGUCUUCGACAAAUCAUUUUACUCUGUGUCUGUGAAUGAGGACGUGGCUGUGCACACGCCCAUCCUCGGCAUCAAUGCCACGAGUCCUGAAGGCCAGAACAUCAUCUACACCAUCGUCGAUGGAGACCCGUCUCUUCAGUUUGACAUCGGUUUUGACACUGGAGUCAUCAGUGUCAUCCACUCGUUGGACUAUGAAGCAGCAUCAUCUUACCACCUGACCAUCAGAGCCACAGACUAUCUGACUGGAGCGCGUGCCGAGGUUGACGUUGACGUGGUCGUCCAGGAUGUCAACGAUAACCCGCCGAUCUUCCAGAAAAUGUCCUACAGGGUAGUUCUGUCUGAAACAGCCAUGAUUGGAACUCCAGCUCUUCAAGUUAUCGCCACUGACAAAGACUCAGAGAAGAACAAUGUUGUCCGCUACCAGAUCUUCUCUGAUGCACAUAACAGUACAGACUACUUCCACAUUGAUAGCAGCAGCGGAUUAAUCCUGACGGCACGAAUGCUGGACCAUGAACUCGUCCAGAAGUAUGACUUCAUCGUCAGGGCCACUGAUAAUGGCUUCCCACCCCUGAGCAGUGAAGUGUCAGUCGUAGUUAUGGUGAAUGACAUGAACGACAAUCCUCCAGUGUUCAACCAGCUGCUGUACGAGGCGUAUGUGAACGAGUUGGCACCACGAGGUCACUUUGUAACCUGUGUCCAGGCCUCAGACGCUGACAGCUCGGACUUUGACAAGUUGGAAUACAGCGUUCUGUCAGGAAAUGAACGGAUGAACUUUGUCAUCGACAAGAAGACAGGAAUCAUCACGCUGUCCAGCCACCGGAAGCAAAGGAUGGAGCCGGCCUACAGCCUCAAUGUGUCAGUGUCUGAUGGGGUGUUCACCAGCACGGCACAGGUUCAUGUGAAGGUGCUGGGGGCCAACCUGUACAGCCCAGUGUUCGGGCAGAGUACCUACGAGGCGGAGUUAAGAGAGAACGUGGCUGUGGGCACCAAAGUCAUACAGGUGAAGGCAACAGACGCAGACCCUGGACUGUACGGUCACAUCACGUACUCCUUUGUUAAUGAUGUGGGGAAGGACCAGUUCAGCAUUGAUUCGAGUGGUCAGAUCACCACUGUGGAAAAGCUCGACCGCGAGGACCCAGCCAAUAAGGACAUCGUUCUGACGGUGGCAGCCCAGGACUCGGGCGGACGUGGCUCUUACUGCACAGUACAAGUGACUCUGUUGGAUGAUAAUGAUAACGUACCUCGCUUCCACGCCACUGAGUACAGAGCCUCAGUCAAGUCUGAUGUGGCUAAAGGCUUUUUGGUGACACAGAUUCAGGCUUAUGAUCCUGAUGAUGGCGCCAACGCCAAAGUGACGUACUCACUUUACAGCGAGGCACAUGUCCCAGUGGUGGACAUUUUGGAGAUAGACCCGGACAACGGUUGGAUGGUGACUAAAGGAAGCUUCAGCCACUUGAGGAACUCUGUGUUAUCUUUCUUUGUGAAGGCUGUGGACGGAGGAAAUCCAGUGCGACACUCUCUGGUGUCUGUCUACAUCCAUGUUCUUUCUCCAGAGGCCUUCAUUCCCUCCUUCAGCCAACACCAGUAUUUAUUCAGCAUGCCAGAAGACACGCCCAUCGGUUCAGCCAUAGGCACGGUGCGCCUCAACACCCCUCCUGGAUAUACCUCACUCUCAGCUGCCUUUGCCCUGGUUAACGGAGAGACCGGAGAAAACAACCAGGACCGGGUGUUUGUGGUGGAUAAGGACACGGGUGUGAUCAAGCUUGAUAAACCUUUAGACCAUGAGGUGAUCAAAUCUUACCACUUCAAAGUCACCACCACUGUUCAACAGGCUAAACUGGACUCUGUGACUUCUGUUGAUGUCGAGGUCAAAGUGUUGGAUCUGAAUGACAACAAACCAGCCUUUGAGGCCAACUCCUACGAGGCCACAGUUAUGGAGGGAAUGUCCAUCGGAACCACAAUAAUUCAAGUCCAGGCUCUAGACCCGGACUCCGGGGCCAAUGGGCAGGUAACAUACAGUCUGGGGGCAUUGAUCCAGUCGGAGGGGGAUUCAGACACACUGACUGGCACCUUUAGCAUCGACAGCAACACAGGCUGGAUAUCCACACGCAAGGACCUGGACCACGAGACCAAUCCCUCCUACACAUUCACAGUGGUGGCCUCAGACCUCGGGGAAACCCUGUCUCUUUCCAGCACCACCACCGUGACUGUGGCGGUGUCGGACAUCAACGACAACCCGCCCAGGUUCCUGGAGCCGCACUACUUCGGUUCAGUUCAGGAGAGCGACCCGCCGGGCGAGGUGGUGGCCGUGCUGAACACCAGAGACGAUGACAGCUCCACCGUGAACCGACAAGUCAGCUACCACAUCACCGGGGGGAACUACCGGGGGGUGUUUGCUCUGGGCUUGGUUCAGGGGGAAUGGAAGAUGUAUGUGAAGGGGCUGCUGGACCGAGAGGAACGCAACCUCUACAUCAUCAACGUCACCGCCAGUGACGGACUCUUCGUUUCCCAGGCAACGGUGGAAAUCACAGUGAUAGACACCAAUGACAACAGCCCCACCUGUGACCAGGCGGUGUACACUGCCUCCAUCCCAGAGGACCUCCCAGUCAACAGUGUGCUGCUGAGGGUUGGCGCUACAGAUGCAGAUGUGGGCGUCAGCGCGUGGAUCCAGUUUUCCUUACACGGUUCUGGAUCCCAGGACUUCAGCAUGGACCCGGAUACUGGUGAGGUGAAGUCGUCUGUGAUUCUGGACCAUGAGGUGACGCCCGGCUACCGUCUAGUUGCCCAGGCAACUGAUGGCGGCGGGAGGUGGUGCCACGCUGAGGUUCGACUCACUGUGACCGACGUGAAUGACAACCCCCCCAUCUUCACCCUGUCCCAGUACACCGCCAGCGUCUACGAGGACACGGCCACCAAGGCCCUGCUGACCCGCAUCCAGGCCAUCGACCCCGAUGAAGCAGGUCCGGGUCGGGCGGUGGUCUACUCCCUUGUCGACUCUGCGGGAGGUUCCUUCUCCAUCGAUAAGUCCUCGGGCAUCGUGGCGCUGGAGCGCGUCCUGGACCGCGAGGUCCAGCCGGCGUAUCAGAUAACGGUGCGAGCCUCUGACCAGGGCUCACCGCUGCCUCUCUCCUCGCUGGUCAACGUCACCAUCACCGUGCUGGACAUCAACGACAACCCGCCCGUGUUCGAGCGCCGCGAUCAGCUGGCGACCGUGCCGGAGGACGUGGGGGUGGGCACUGAGGUUCUGAGGGUUUACGCCGCCAGCAAGGACAUCGGCACCAACGCCGAGAUCACCUACAGCAUCCGGUCAGGAAACGAGCACGGGAAGUUCCACAUCCACCCGCUGACCGGUGCCAUUCUAGUUGCCCAGGUUCUGGACUACGAGACCUGCAGGGACUACUUCCUGACGGUGGAGGCUCGUGACGGUGGCACGCCGCCACUGAGCGCCAUCACUACAGUCAACAUAAACCUGACAGACGUCAACGACAACGCGCCCAUGUUCAGCCGAGACCUCUACAGCGCCGUGGUGUCAGAGGACGCCACCAUUGGAGAGUCUGUAGUCCAGCUGGUAGCAGAGGACGUGGACAGUCAGCUGAACGGAGCCAUCCUCUACUCCAUCGUCAGUGGAGACCGAGACAACCAGUUCUUCAUUGACCCGCUCAGUGGAGUCAUCAAGGUCAACAAGCAACUGGACCGUGAGACGGUUCCCAGCUUCUCUCUGGCCCUCAGAGCUCUGGACAGUGGGACCCCCCCCAUGUCGUCCACCGUCAUGGUGAACAUAGACAUCUCUGACAUCAACGACAACCCGCCCACCUUCUCCCCCGCCAACCUCACCACCGUCAUACAGGAAAACAAACCAAUCGGCACCAGCAUCCUGCAGCUGUCAGUCAUCGAUCAGGACUCCUCCCACAACGGCCCGCCCUUCGACUUUCGCAUCCUGUCAGGAAACGAAGGCGGAGAGUUCGUGCUGGAGAAGGACGGGACUCUGGUGGCCAAUCAGGUGUUCAGGAGGGACCUGGCUACUGAAUACGUCAUCCAGAUACAGGUGAUGGACUCGGGGAAGCCCCGCCUCUCCUCCACCUCCAUGCUGACAGUCAGGGUGAUUGAGGAGAGCCUUCACCGGCCUGUGGCGUUACCACUGGAGGUUCACAUCAUCACAAUGGAGGACGAGUUUCCUGGCGGUGUGAUUGGCCAGCUGCACGCCACCGACGCUGACCCAUAUGACGCGCUGACCUUUGGCCACGCCCCCCCAGCCCAGCGCAGUCUCUUUAAGAUCAGCCCUCGUGAUGGGAAGAUCAUCGCCCUGGGAGGGCUGGACGCCGGAAGGUAUUCCCUCAACGCCAGCGUCAGUGAUGGCCGCUUUGCCGUGCCUGUGCCAGUGAGUGUGCAUGUGGAGCAGGCGACGCCGGAGAUGCUGCGCGAGGCGGUGACGGUGCGCUUCGAGAGCGUGGCGCCUCAGGACUUUGUGGCGCUGCACCUGAAGAGCGUGUUAAAGGUUCUGCAGCAAGCCGCGGCGUCGCAGCAGCAGGAUGCUCUGCACCUGCUAAGUCUGCAGCCGGUGGGCGGGACGCAACAGCUGGACAUGCUUGUUGCCGUGGAAACAGCUGGAGGCGGCUACUACAAGGCAGCCUACCUCACCCAGAAGCUGAGCGCGUCGCGGCGGCAGCUGGAGGAGGUUCUCAGGGUGUCAGCCAUCUUGGAUAAGAACUGUUCGGGGCUGGAGUGUCGCGGGGCGCAGUGUGAGCAGAGCAUCAUCCUGGACUCACACAACCUGGCCACAUACAGCACGCCACGGGUCAGCUUCGUCUCGCCGCGCUUCCACCGCACCUCCCGCUGCACGUGUAACGAUGCCAGCUGUGCCGUCCUGUCAGAGCAGUGUGAGGACCAGCCGUGUCCAGCAGACAUGCAGUGUGUUUCAGUGGAGGCCACCAGGGGGCGAUACGCAUGCCAGUGUCCACCAGGCAAACUGGGAGAGUGUGCAGGACACUCGUCUCUGAGCUUCUCAGGUAACAGCUACAUCAAGUACAGACUGUCAGAGCGGCUGCAGAUGGAGCUGAAGCUCAGUCUGAGGAUCAGGACGCUGCAGAGCCGAGGAAUCAUCAUGUACACACACACUGAACCCUGCACCGUGCUCAAGUUAGAGGAUGGGAAGCUGUGGUUUCAGCUGGCCUGUGGCCUUGGCGGAGGCGGGGCGGGGGGCGGAGCUGGAGGCGGGGACAGUCCCAACAUGUUGGGGAUCUCUGGGCGGAGGAUCAGUGACGGCAGCUGGCACACUGUGGCUCUGGAGCUGAACAGGAACUUCAGCAGCCUGGCGCUGGACGACAGCUACGUGGAGCAGCGGCGCGGACCGCCAUUCAUCCCGCCGCUGGCUCCGGACAGAACCAUCUACUUCGGAGCGCUGGUGCAGCACCCGAACUCCCGCAGCCUCAUGGACUCCCAGAAGGACCCGCGGGUCCUGGAGGGGUUCCAGGGGUGUCUGGACUCGGUGACGCUGAACAACAAUGAGCUGCCGCUGCAGAACAAACGCUCACGCUACGCGGAGGUGGUGGGACUGACGGAGCUGAAGCUGGGCUGCAUCCUCUUCCCUGACGCCUGCCUGCAGCAGCCCUGUCGCAACGGAGCCACCUGCACCAGCCUGCCCUCUGGUGGGUUCUCCUGCAGCUGUAACCCUCAGUACACCGGGGGGCGCUGUGAGAUGGAGAUAACGGCGUGCGUUCCCAACCCGUGUCAGAACGGCGGCGUGUGCAAGCCAAUCGGAAACGCCUUCCUCUGCAGCUGCAGGAGAGGCUUCAAGGGCCUGACGUGUGAGGAGGACGUGAACGAGUGCGACCGCAGUAAUCCGGAGGGAGAGUGUGAGAACGGCGGCGUCUGCGUCAACACUCACGGCUCGUUCUACUGUAACUGCACGGCGGGCUUCGUGGGCCAGCGCUGCGGCCUGCGGCCCGUCGUCGUCCCCAACAUGCAGGCGGGUCACGCCGUGGUCGGCAAAGAGGAGCUGAUCGGCAUCGCCGUGGUGCUGUUCGUCAUCAUUACCCUCAUCAUCCUCUUCAUCGCUUUCCGCAAGAAGGUCUUCCAGAAGAACUACUCACGCAACAACCUGUCCCUGGUCCAGGACCCGGCCACCGCCGCGCUCCUCAACAAGGCCAACGGCGUCCAGUUCAAGACCCUGCACUGCACACCGGGAGACCCCCUCAACCUGUACUCAGAGCCAGGGCUGGGGCCCACCGUGGUGGGAGGGGGCGGGAUGAUGGGACCCCCGCAGGUCCCCGUGAGGCCCAUGGCGUACACGCCCUGUUUCCAAGGAGACCCGCGCUCCACACUGGAGAAGAUGGUGGACGGGCGCAGCGUGGAGCACACAGAGAUGAGCACCUUCCACCCGGAGUCCCCCAGGAUCCUAUCAGGGACCACCAGGAGGGGGGUGGUGGUCUGCAGCGUGGCCCCCAACCUGCCGCCAGUGUCGCCCUGUCGCUCAGACUGUGACUCCAUCCGCAAGAGCCCCUGGGACAGUGACGAGGGUAAAAUGGUGGACAUGGCGGAGGAAGUGACGUGUUUCUCAGGGAGCAACAAAGGCAGUAACUCAGAGGUCCAAUCACUGAGCUCCUUCCAGUCUGACUCCUGCGAUGACAACGCCUCCAUAGUGACUGUCAUUCGACUGGUCAAUGAUGCAGUCGACACAAUCGAGAGUGAAGUGUCAGUCAUGGACCAAGGUCAAACCUACAACAGAGCAUAUCACUGGGACACUUCAGACUGGAUGCCCAACACAAGGCUGUCAGACAUUGAGGAGGUGCCCGGCUAUGAGGCGGGUCCUGGCAGCGAUGUAGCGGGCUCCGCCCCUCGCCUCGGAGGAAGUACACGUGAACUGGAGUCAGACUACUACCUGGGAGGCUAUGACAUCGACAGUGACUACCCCCCACCCCAAGAAGAAGAGUUCUUGAGCCAAGACCAGCUGCCACCUCCGCUGCCCACAGGCGAGGACUAUCCCGAGCCCUACACGCCACUGCCCACCAACCCCCCGGUCUCCAAGGAGAGCACCCUGAGCUCCGGCAGCACCGGCCGUCAGCACGCCAGGCCGCACUUCCACCCCAGCCAAUACCUGCCUCCCCAUCAGCUGCCCCUUGGGGAGGCGCCGCAUGGGGACUUCAGUUCUUGUGGGGUAACGCCAGGAAACGGAGACACUGACGACUCUGUGUCACUAAAUAUGCGACUGUCUGUUGGAGCGUCAUCAGCCUCAGACAUGUCAGCCCCCUGCGGGCUGGACGACUCUGAACAUGGCAGCGACUUUGACAGUAUGGACGAGCUUCGUCGAGGCGUGACCAUCAUCACUGACUCACAGCAACAGACUGAGGUGUGAUUGGUCGACCAGCAAUGCUGAGGAGUGAAGGAUGGACCAGAAGGAGCAGGAGAUCAGUGCCGAUGGACAGAGAUGCACAAGUGGAUAUUACCACAGGGGAAGAAAUGUCCGAGAUGCGCUGCUACAACCACGCACUGUCAGAACCACCUGAAAACCACAAAGUUAAAACCACAUCUCACUUGUUUUCAGCACGGUCCUCCCUGCAGCUCUGUCCAGAGACGGGAGGUUUGGUUUUACAGAAACAUGGACCACAGACUGUGUGUUGUCAGUCCUGCCCCCACGGUGCAGACGGUUCUGAUCCAGUAGGGAGUCAUGGGUAAUGUGAGAAGAACGAGAUAGAGAAUGUGAAUGAGAAAGACAUUAAAGAUGAGGUAGAGAAAAUCAGAGAAAGAGAAGGGGCAAUCAUGAAAGUGAGAGUGUUGUUUGGCUCCGUCACAGACGCUCAUCGGACCACUUCUUUCUAAAAGAGACACCCCCCCCCCCCAACCCCUGGAUUUGUAAACUUUGUAGUGCUCCAAGCUUGUACAGACUUUGUAAAAUAGUUCGACUUUCCAGGUGAAUACGUAUGAAACAAUGUUCUGGCUACAUUUCAAAAAGUCAUUUAUUUGUUUUGAUGUGGAAUGUGCUUGCUCCUUUCCCAAAAAUAUCAAGCCCCUCCCACCGCCACGCCAUCUCAGUGACCCUCUGUCAUCAGCCCACAAUGUUCCAUGUGCCAUUGAUCUGCCAUCUUUGUUUCUUUGUGCCAAGUUCUGUGUGGAAGGCAAGAGCUGCUGCAGCUGCUGAUGUUCCCUCCAGAUAAGUAUUUAUAUUUAGUCUGUAAAGACCGUUAUCCUGGGAACUGGGAACUAACUCUCAUAUUACUCCAGAACUGUUUUGAAGUGAUCAGGACUUCAGGUUAUCAUGAAGCAGAAAUACAGGAGCUACCAGCAGCUAGUGUGGACUUAAAGUAGUGACAGUUGAAGUGACGGCCACGUGAUGUGAUGACGUAGAUUCUGUCGACACUUCCUGCUGUCGCAGCUCGACUGUCUGCUACAGGAGAAAGACUAGUUUACCUGUGAUGCGUUCAAGAGUUAAAGAGCAGGUAAUUAUAUGUUUUUAUCAUCGGACUCCUUUCGUUUAUAUCCAAUUAUACCGUCAGUAGUUUUAUGGAUUAUGAUUUUAUUUGUUAAAGAGUUUCCAGUUCAUUCAUCGACUCGUCUGUGGGUCACACCAAAAAAAUUUACGCAAAAUUGAGAAAGAUGAUUUCCACACAGGUAUUUCAAAUCCCGAUUUCCACUCAUAAUCAUAAAAAAAUAGAAAAAAUAGAUAACGCUUCUUUUUGUGGUUUUCAGUUUUUUCUCUCCCUGUUUCUAAGUGAUAAUCUGACUGAAUCUUGGUUUUCUCGUUUGAAAAUGAAAAUCCGUCCUCGGACGCCACGACCUCACUGUGCUGAUGAAACCAUGACGCUGUCCGUGGUGCUGAAGUCACAAACUCCUCAUCUGAUAUUAAAUUGUCUCUAAAUCAAAUAUCAGCAGCUCUCAGUCACUUUCAGAGACAUGUUGUAUCACGAUCAGAGCGAACUCAGUUCCCUGAAGAAGUGAAGGAGCUGUUUUUAGAGUUAAUGUUGUUUAGCGAUCUUUGAUUUCCAUCACUACGGCAACAGUAUUCGGGCGCCGCAGCAUCACUUCAGCUGUGAGUGUGACUCCAGUGACUGCAUGGAUUAACUUAAACACUUUCACUCUGCUCCAUCCAGCUGCACUUUUAAUUGUAAUGGAGUAUUUUUACAUCAUCAGAAAGAAAUGUGGGCAUCACAAAAACAUAGUGUUAUGUUGUAAAAAAGACAAAUUAUUAAGACAGUUCAUCUUCUGAUAACGGGACAGUUCAGAGUAAUGUCCUAAAUCAUGGACAUGAGCAGCUGCAGCAGCUCUCAGCUUCAGCCCUCUGUUUGUGGAAAUGCUUUAUCUUUGUUGCACUAGUGGUUUGGUUUUCGUGGUCAGGAUGUUUUGAUGAAAUCCUGCAGCCUCUGUGGACGUUUGUCACUGCAGCUGUUCUUUGCUCUUAAAAAGGUGAAAAGACAAAGAUCCAGUUUCAGACAAACACCAGCUGCUUUCUGCUGUAAUCCUGAUUUUAUCUGUUCUUCCUCCAUGUGUCUGAUCUGUUUGACAUAAUUUCCAAAAAGCCAUGUGGGGCAGACUCAUUACAUUCCAGUGUUUCCUUUUACUUUGUGCCGUCUUCUCCACAUCUGCAGACACGAGUCAAACCCUCUGCAUCGCAACGGCUUCGUCUCCGACCUCCAGGACGCAGCAGAUCGUCACUGUAUUGAACCAUACUCUGCCUGAUGCAGCUCCUCCUCUGUUUGUAAAAGAUGUAUGUUUGUGUUUAAAUCUCUGUACAGUGUAUAGCUAGGUUGUUAAAAUGCAGAUUUUGUAGAUAUGGAAUUGCAAUCCUGAACUGCCUUUGAGUUUUCUUGUUGGACUGUUUGAUGUGAAUGUGGACGAUGAGAGACGAUCAGCUGUUUUCACAUCAUUCCUCCUCUGCCACUGACUUUUCGCUCAAAGUUGUUUUUAUUCUUUUAGCCUUGUUUUUUAAUUAUGAAUGCCAUUUCAAUAUUCUAGGUGAAUUUUGCACAGUGUUGAAUCCAGACAUGACAUCUCAGCAGAUGUUUUGUAUUUUGUUUUGUUGAAAGGUUUUUAUGGUAAUGAGGGAAUCUUUUUGUACGUUUCUUUCAUCAGGAGUGUUUGGAUGAAUUUCUAAUAUUGCGUUCAGGUCUGUUUGUGUUCAGAGACGUUAGGCUGUGUCAAAAAUAUGUCCCUAUCUGCAGAAACUGAGUGUACAACGUGAGUGCUUUUUUUACUUUUUUUUUAAUUCAGUGCAGAAAAUAAAAAGGUUCUUGCUUA